AAAAUUUUUAAAUUCAAGUAAGAUUUUGUUAGAUUGACCAAAUAAAAUUUCUUUGCUUUGUAAGGCGCUAAACAGUAAAGGCCCACUUGUAGCGCAAGGCUCCAUUAGAUAUUUGUAAAUCAUCCGAUCAUAUUAUUUCCGCCACCGCAGACCGCUGCUAACGAACCGCAAUGGCUAGUCUCACUGCCACUCAGCCAUUAACCUUGGAUUCUCUCCCUCUCGUGGACCUAACUACCCUAACCCAAUCCGAGCUCCUUUCCCUCUCCCUUUGUUCCCCAACCGCUUUCGACCUUCACCGCUCCGACAACAUCAUAAUCCCUUCCAUUGACCGUUCCAGCUUCAAUGAAUCCGCCGGCUCCCGUCGCCAGACAUUCUCUCGUCCUUCCCCAAACAACCACCAUUCCUCCCAUCACCAUCCUCUCCGGCACCGUCUCCCCGGCCUCCUCCUUUCCCCAAAACCACCCCCUCCUUUCCCUCCUCUCCACGACCCCGAAGCCCUAGAAAACCGAUCCAUAAUCUCCUCCCUCAAAGUCUCCCUCAAAUCCCACCCCGAAUUCCACCACCUGGACUUUACUUCCCCUCCUUCUUCUCCGAGGGACGCAAUGGUAAGUUAUGGGAUGAGGGAUACCAUGGUAAAUUUCGAGAUUGAAGAUGCCAUGAUCAGUCUUGGGAAGAGAAAGCGAGGAUGGAAGCCCAACGUGCAGUCUGGGAAUUCUGGGGAAGAGAGAGAGAAGGGUUUAGAGAUUGUGAACAAAAACGGGGUCGCCGUCGAUAUGGCGGCACUGGGUGGUUUGGAGGAUCCUUAUGGGGAGGAAUUGAAAAGGAGGACUGAGGGCAUGUCGGGUAAUGAGGAGGCUUUGCUAGGGUUUAUGAGAGAUUUGGGUGGGCAAUGGUGCAGUAGGAGAAGGAAGAGAAGGAUUGUUGAUGCUAGCAUUUUCGGAGGCGUGUUGCCGAUAGGCUGGAAGCUUUUGUUGGGGUUAAAGAGGAGGGAAGGUCGCGCUUCAGUUUAUUGCCGAAGAUAUAUAAGUCCUGGUGGACGGCAAUUUGUAUCAUGUAAAGAAGUCUCUGCAUACCUGCAAUCCUACUUUGAACUUCAUGAUGCACCGCUGACAAUGGAUAAAGGUGGUGACAUUGCUCAGCAUGCUCAUCAAAUGGCUUCUGAAAAUCAGGAAAUUGCUAUCCACAAAGAUGAUGAUCAAAGGCGGUCUGCUGAACGGGAGAAGGAAGUCAACUUACUGGGUAUGGAUAACCUGGCGGAAGUUCAAAUACAUGAUCUUUUUGAAUGUCAUAAAUGCAACAUGACAUUUGAUGAAAAGGAUGCAUAUUUACAGCACCUUUUAUCAUUUCAUCAGAGGACUACAAGGAGGUAUAGACUUGGUUCUUCUGUUGGAGAUGGUGUGAUACUUAGAGAUGGAAAAUUUGAAUGUCAAUUUUGUCAUAAAGUAUUUCAUGAGCGGCGUCGGUACAAUGGUCAUGUAGGGAUCCAUGUUAGGAACUUUGUGAGGGGAAUUGAAGAUUCACCUGGUUUACUGACUGUUCCGAGGAGAACUGAGGUUCCAACUAAGCAAGAGUUGCCUGUUAGGAUCUCCAAAAUGGAUGCUUUAAUUGAAAUUGCUCAGAAUUCUAUUCUUGAAACUACUGCUGCUGUACCUAGAUAUGAACUCAAUGAUGGAUCAAGUCCUGAUAAAUUGAAUGCAGUUUCUAAUCCAGAAAUUCCUGCUUCUACUUCUGAUCAUGAAAUGAAUUCCGAUUUGCCUUUAAGUGAAUCAGGAACAGAGGAUGAGACGACUAAUAGAACAAUGAAUCAAGAUUUAUGUCAACAAACUGGUGAGCCUAUGGUCAUUGAUGAAAAGAUAAAGAAGAUUGAUGAAGCUAGCAAUGUUGUGAACGUGGAUGCUCUUUUUGAUGCUAAAAUUUCUGCAUCUUUGGAUGAGCAAAGUGGUACUAUAUCUGAAACUUUAGUUCAAAGUGUUAGUUUAACAUUUCAUGCUGAUGAACUUGAAAAGUCUUGCAUUGAGCAGCGAAGAGGUUCUCAAAGCAACUUACUUGUUCUCUCCACUGAUCUGGGUGUCUGUGAUGUUGAGAAUAAUGUCAAUUCAGUUGGUGCUGGCUCAAAGGAGCAUCCUAAACCUGGAGAAGUGGAUAACAAUAAGAAUGCUGAGUUACUUACUGGUUUAGAAAAUAGUUGUGGGCCAGCUAAAGAUGUUGCACCAGAGACUAUACGUCAAACAUCUGAACAAAAUGUACUUCUGGGUGAAGUGUCUGAAUCAUCAAUGUCCCAAUUGCAACCAUUAAAGGGUGCAUCGGCAUUAAAUGCUAUCUCAAAUAAGGGAGAAGAUGGUUUAUGCAGCAUUGAUCAGAGGCAUGACAAUGUAACAAGAAUUGAUGAGCUGAGGUUGGAUGAUAUAGAGCCGAUAAAAUUCAGCUUUGGGGGUGUAAAAGUAUCUCCCUCAUUGCCAGAGGUUCCAAUGGAUUUGGGUAAUAAUCCAGAUAUAGGAGGUGCUUACAGUUCCUCGAAUCAGUUUGAAUCAGAAAUCUUGUUAAAUAUGGCUGGUAAGCAUCAACUUGCAACUGUUUGCGUGUGGUGUGGAACAGAGUUCAACCAGGAGGCUGUUGAUUCUGAAAUACAGUCAGAUUCGGUUGGUUAUAUGUGUCCGACCUGCAAGGCCAAAUUUCUAGGUAACUCACUCCAUUAGACAGUGGUCUAGCUAUACCCUUUAUGUUGUAUAAAAGAAAAGAAAAACAUAAACCGUGGUUCAGCUAUGAAUGAUCACCACCUCCAAUCAGGCCAUAUAUGAGCUACGGAGCAAGAAUUACUUGAAGUGAGGUAACUUCUAUUAUAUUUAUAUCAGCCUAUUGCUGAGUCAUCUUUGUUAUGUUUUUUCCCAGUUAUUGUGUCUGUAUGGUUUAUUGCUGCUUGGAUAUAUCUUCUUAGUCAUUGGUCUAUCUUAAAAUAUUAUUGUCUUCU